AACGGAAGUGCCGAAAGUGUGGAUACCUCGGACAACAACCCGUUCCCGGCGCUGCUCCCGCGGCGUCCGCUCAACGCCGCCGUCGUAUUAAGGUGCGACGCGCCGCGACGUCCGGCGUCGACGGCGAAUAAUACGACAACGACGGCGGCUACGACGACGACGGCGCCGCCGCUGCCGACGACGACGACGACGACGACGACGACAGCGGCCGCGAUUGUGCCAGCCACGUUGUCCACGUCCCCCCAAGGCUCAACGACCUCCUCGGCCGUUGUUCGAGUGUCGCCGCAGCCGCCGCUCUUGACGCCGCCCCAGUAUCCUGCGCCUCCACGGCUUCCUAGUCGUACCGGUGGGGAUGAAGCGCGUGUCGCGAGGGCGAGAGGAAGCGGACGCGGAGCAUUACCGAGCCCCAUCCUCGCUAAUGGAACGUCCUCGUCGAGAGUGCCACCACCUCGCGCGGGCUGGGCAGUGCGGAUUACCGAGGCGACACUUAUUCCAACGUCAAGUCAGAGUCCAUCGGUUCCAGGUACACCGUCGACGACUGUCGAACGAUGGGCUAGCGAGCGAACGCCACCGGUUUGGACGGGUCGUGCCACAGCGUCAUUAUCACCAUCGUUGUCAGCAGCAGCAGCAACGGGAGCAACGGUAUCAAACGCGCAAGAAGGAUCGUUCUUCGCGGCGGAUCGAGGAGCCGGGGGACCAGCUGGCGCAGCUGGCAUCCGUCUCGAGCAUCGUCGGAUCGAGGAGAAGGAGGAGCUGGAGGCGACGAAGAAGGUGGAGCAGCGUCACUUGGAGACGUCAGCGACGCAUAGCCCAGGAGCAGCAGGUCAUCUUGAACUGAGCGGUCGGCCGAUGUCGCGUAAUAAUGCGAUGCGGUCGCAUUCGCGGCCUCCUGCCUCGCGAACGAACAUUGCCGCGGCCGCUGGCAAUGACGAUUGUGUCGGUAGCGCCGGCGAGGACGCGGAUUCCCGCCUCGUCUCCGCCGAGGUUCCUCGCGUGCACGACCACAGUCGACCGUUUCCGCCGCCGCGGUUGCCGCCCGUGCACGCGGUAACGUCGGUACCAUCCGUGCCACCGCCGCCACCUCCGCCGCCUCCGCCGGCGUCGGAGAACGUAACGAUGACGUCGUCGUCGGCACCCGGGUCGCCGACGUUUCGGGUAGCGGCGCCCUUUACCAUGUCUCUGACGCCGCCAUCGAGUUCCUUUCGUAGCAGGCCGUCGUCUUUGCGUCGCCCGCGGAACGUCGAGUCACCGGGCGACGCAAAUUCCAGGAGUCUGCUGUCGCCUUCGUCCACGUCGUCGACGACGACGACGACGACGACGACGAUCGCCAUGUCUCCCAGAAGUCCCAUCGGCGAGGUGACGCUCGCCGCGCCGCGACCAGACGGGGAGAGGACCAUCAACGAGUACGUCGAGGCGCCGUUCACGCCGUCGCGAUGCAGUCAGGAACGACGCCUCGACGCGGACAGCAAGACCGUCGGCGAUUGUCCGAAGGGCGACAGGAGGCAUCAUCAUUCUCAUCAUCAUCAUCAUCAUCAUCAUCAUCACCACCAUCAUUAUCGGGGUCACGAGGAUGCAACGGUAGUACCGACUCAUCGAGCGCAUGGCCGCGCGAGGAAUCGGGGCUCGCGCGCCACGACGACCGGCGCCUCUGUCGCCACGUCAGCGGCGGAUACAACGGGAGAGAGCAUCGUCACCAAGCAGCCGGUGUCCUUCACCAAGGAGCCGGCCAACGCUCUCGGCGCGAGGACUUACGAUCCGGCCGGUCUGUCCAUCAUUUGCGACUUUUGCGGCAAAUGCCGAUGCGAGUCGUGUCGGGAACCACCUCCGCUGCCCAGCAAGUGGAUCUGCGAUAACAAGUGCCUGUGCUCGGCCGAGACGGUUUUGGACUACGCGUCUUGCCUGUGCUGCGUCAAGGCUCUCUUCUAUCAUUGCGUGGAUGGCAGUAACGGCGGUGGCGUCGCCAGUGGCAUCGACGACGAGAUGACGACGAGCUGCGCCAACGAGCCGUGCUCCUGUACCGGUAACCGCAAAGCUUCCAGAUGGGCCUGCUUGAGCUUUCUGACGCUCUUGAUGCCCUGUCUGUUGUGCUACUGGCCCUUGAGAGGCUGCGUCACUCUUUGCGAGUCGUGCUACGCGCGUCACGCCGCGCAAGGCUGCCGAUGUACGCCGAACGCGAUUGCCGGUGGCGGCAGGCAUCAUCCCAUCACCAGCGACAUUGGCGACUCGAGGGAUCCGGAGAAGAGGCUGCUGGAUCCGGUCACGCCGGAGCUCUGAGCGGAAAUUUUCAGAGAUGACGCGCGCCACGUGUUCUCCGCCCGCUAUCUCUGUGACUGAAGGAAGCAAAGAUUGAACUCGAAAUAUAUAUCUAGAGGAUCCCGCUGACGGGGACGGCAUGUGCGAGGGAGUGUCGGAGGGAGCGAAAGUGAAUCGCAUCAAGUACAAGAGCUGCAUUUAAAUCGAGAACGAUAUCGAGAAUUUUGUCGAACUUGUACGUUUAACGCGUCGCGAAUGUCUUUAUUUAUUAUUCUUCCAUGAACGAACAGUGCGCGCGUGCACGUAUUAUAGUAUGCUUCUACAUGUGCGAAAGAGAGAAGGAGUGUGCGUAUGCGUGGAGAAAAGGAGCGUGUGUAAACGAAUGAGUGACCGUACGUGCGCAUUUACACGUUUGUAUGCGCAUUGCGAGCGAUAGAGAAAAAUGAGGUAUACGCGAGCUAGCGUAUCGUCCAGACAUACCACUCUUACGCAUAGAUAACUCUAUAAUAUAAUGAAUUAUACGCAUUGUACCACGCGCAGAGCAAAAUUCAACGAACGGUAAUAUAUCGGGGUUUGGGGCAGGGGGGA